CUGUGACUGAUUCUCCACGUCCCAGUGUCCGCCGAGAUUCACCAGCGAGUUUCUUUCCUUCGCCCCCCGCCCCCCCAAGAAAAGAAGCAGACUUUGAAUAGUUUGAGAAGCAGUUCCUGACCACUACAGCUUUAAGAAUAUCCCGUACCCAGGACGGAGCUCUGUGGCUUUAAGACUUGCCUGGGAGCGGGGACGCCCCUCUGGUCAUCUUGCAGUGCCUGCGUCUGUUUGCAUCUUUUUCUGGGGUCUUUUCUCACCAGCCUGACAGUCUUUAAGACAAGUAUGCAGUGAAGCUGCUAAGGGAUGGAAGAAGCAAGUCUGUGCCUUGGAGUGUCCUCGGCCACGCCGGAAGCUGAGCCGCACCUGGCCAGUCCAGUCCUCAACGGCCAGUAUGCCAUGAGCCAGAAGUUGCGGCACAUCACGUCCCAGCUUAGCCAUGCCUUCCCGGAGCUGCACCCCAGGCCCAGCGCCGAGGAGAAGCCUCCAGCCGCCUUGGACGAGAAGGCCCACGUGCCCAUUAGCAGCCAGCCCAUGGGCAGCCAGAUGGCCCUGCUGGCCAACCAGCUGGGCCGCGAUGUGGACACCAGCCUCAACGGUCGCGUGGACCUGCAGCAGUUCCUCAAUGGGCAGAACCUGGGCAUCAUGUCCCAGAUGAGUGACAUCGAGGACGACGCCCGCAAGAACAGGAAGUACCCGUGCCCUCUGUGCGGCAAGCGCUUCCGCUUCAACAGCAUCCUCUCGCUGCACAUGCGCACGCACACGGGCGAGAAGCCCUUCAAGUGCCCCUACUGCGACCACAGGGCGGCGCAGAAGGGCAACCUCAAGAUCCACCUGCGGACCCACAAGCUGGGCAACCUGGGGAAGGGGCGCGGGAGGGUGCGCGAGGAGAACCGCCUGCUGCACGAGCUGGAGGAGCGGGCCAUCCUGCGCGACAAGCAGAUGAAGGGCAGCCUGCUGCAGCCCCCCAGGCCCGACCUCAAGCCCCUGGCUCACGCCCAGCAGGCCCCACUGGCCACCUGCAACCUCGCCCUGCCCGACGUGGCCCGCCCCGCGCCCUCGCCCAAGCCGGCGGCCCACGUGCAGGAGGACGCGGCGGCCCCCGCCGCCGGCUUCCGCUGCACCUUCUGCAAGGGCAAGUUCAAGAAGCGCGAGGAGCUGGACCGCCACAUCCGCAUCCUGCACAAGCCGUACAAGUGCACGCUGUGCGACUUCGCCGCCUCGCAGGAGGAGGAGCUCAUCGGCCACGUGGAGAAGGCUCACAUCACCGCCGAGUCGGCCCAGGGCCAGGGCCCCAACGGGGCCGGGGAGCAGUCGGCCAACGAGUUCCGCUGCGAGGUGUGCGGCCAGGUGUUCAGCCAGGCCUGGUUCCUGAAAGGCCACAUGCGCAAGCACAAGGACUCUUUCGAGCACUGCUGUCAGAUCUGUGGGCGGCGCUUCAAGGAGCCCUGGUUCCUCAAAAACCACAUGAAAGUCCAUCUCAACAAGCUGUCGGUGAAGAACAAGUCCCCCAGUGAGCCCGAGGUACCAGUGCCCAUGGGCAACCUGUCCCAGGAGGCCCAUGCCAACCUCUACUCCAGGUACCUCUCCUGCCUGCAGAGUGGCUUCAUGGCCCCUGACAAAGCCAGCCUGAGCGAGCCCAGCCAGCUCUAUGGCAAGGGAGAGCUGCCAGCCAAGGAGAAGGAGAUGCUGGGGAAACUGCUGUCACCCGUCUCGAACAUGGCCCACGGUGUGCCCGAGGGCGACAAGCAUUCCCUCCUGGGCUGCCUCAACCUCGUGCCGCCGCUGAAGUCCAGCUGCAUCGAGCGGUUGCAGGCUACUGCCAAGGCUGCCGAGAUGGACCCGGUGAACAGCUAUCAGGCCUGGCAGCUCAUGGCCCGGGGCAUGGCGAUGGAACACGGCUUCCUGCCCAAAGAGCACCAGAUCCCGCGCAACCACGAAGACGCCUUGGCCAGCGCCGGGGUCCUGUUCGACAAGGAGAAGCGGGAGUAUGUGUUAGUGGGAGCGGAUGGCUCCAAGCAGAAAAUGCCCGCCGACUUGGUUCACGGCACUAAAGUGGGCAACCAGAGAGACCUGCCCAGCAAGUUCGACCCUCUGGAAGGCAGUCGGGAUGUUUUGUCACACGGGCUCACCCAGACACUUGACUACGGCUUGCAGGGCUCGGGCAGCGUGAGGGAGAAGCCCACCGAGUGCCCCGACUGCGGUCGCGUGUUCCGGACCUACCACCAGGUGGUCGUGCACUCCCGCGUCCACAAGCGGGACCGCAAGGGGGACGAGGACGGCCUGCACGUGGGCCUGGAGGAGCGGCGGGGCUCCGGCAGUGACCAAGAGUCCCAGUCCGUGAGCCGCUCCACCACGCCGGGCUCCUCCAACGUAACCGAGGAGAGUGGAGCUGGAGGUGGCCUCUCCCAGACAGGGAGCGCCCAGGAGGACAGUCCGCACCCCUCUUCACCCUCUUCCUCAGACAUCGGCGAGGAGGCCGGGAGAUCCGGCGGCGUCCAGCAGCCGGCACUGCUUCGCGACAGGAGCCUGGGCUCGGCCAUGAAGGACUGCCCAUACUGUGGGAAGACUUUCCGGACUUCCCAUCACCUUAAGGUCCACCUGAGGAUACACACAGGUGAGAAACCCUACAAGUGUCCUCACUGUGACUACGCUGGCACCCAGUCAGCAUCGCUGAAGUACCACUUAGAGAGGCACCAUCGUGAGCGGCAGAACGGAGCUGGGCCCCUGUCAGGACAGCCCCCGAGCCAGGAGCCCAAGGACGAGGGAUCCAGCAAAGCGCCUUUGUUCUUCAGGCCCGACAUCCUGCGAGGGGCUUUUAAAGGUCUCCCUGGAAUCGACUUCCGAGGUGGUCUUGCCUCCCAGCAGUGGACCUCAGGGGUGCUGUCCUCUGGAGAGCACUCGGCACAGGCCACCAGCAUGUCCUCAGAGCUCCCUUCAGAUGUCCUGAAGGGCGGCGACCUUCCUUCCAAAAGCUCCCACUUUUCCGAGAUCGGGCGAGCUUACCAAAGCAUCGUGAGCAACGGUGUGAAUUUCCAAGGGUCACUGCAAGCAUUCAUGGACAGCUUCGUCCUCAGCUCCUUGAAGAAGAAGGACACGAAGGACAAAGUCCUUCCCGAUGGCCCGUCCAUGAAAGUCCAUGCGGCGGAUGGCGGCGAGGAGAAAGCUGGGGGGAAGUCCUCCCAGAGGAAGUCGGAGAAAUCUCAGUAUGAGCCUCUGGACUUGUCCGUGCGGCCGGACGCCGCUGCCCUCCCGGGCUCCUCGGUCACAGUGCAGGACAGCAUCGCGUGGCAUGGUUGUCUGUUCUGUGCCUUCACCACGUCGUCCAUGGAGCUCAUGGCCCUCCACUUACAGGCCAACCACCUGGGUAAAGCAAAGCGCAAAGACCACGCCACGGGGGUGACGGCCAAUUGCAAAGAGCAGGUGCGGGAGGCCAGCAAGGUGGCUUUGCUGCCCUCCAUACAGUCCAACAAAGAGAUGGCCCUCCCAGGGGCCAUGGGCGCUCUAGACUCUGCUUCGGAGAAAAUGGCCCAAGGACAGGCCAAAGAGACUCUGGGGGACCCGAAGAGUGGCCCGUGGUCCAGCCAUGCAGACCCUGCGUUUUGUACCUUCUCAUCCGACUUCUACAAACAGUUUGGUGUUUACCCCAGCAUGGGUGGCCCUGCAGCCACCAGUUCCUGCCCCAACAAAGGUCCUGAUGGGAAAACCAGCCCUGCAGACGAUGCUCCUAUCUUGAUCCCAGAAACCACAAGUAAAAACGCUACUGACGACCUCUCGGACAUCGCCUCCUCAGAGGACAUGGAGUCCUCCAAGGGAGACAACAACGAAGACGAGGAGAUUGACACCGAGCCGGAACUGAUGAGCAAGCCACUGUCCACCCUCAGCAAGGACAGCAGCGGCGAUGCCCCCCAGCCCAUGCAGGGACUGGCCUCACCAUUAGCCCCAUCGUCAGAGAAGCAAUGGCACAGCCCGGGCCUUCUUCCCGCCCAGGACCCCUCGGCAGGACUGUUGAAGCCAGAGCGGGGUCCCCCGGGUCUGGAGAAGCCCAUGAACACGCUGUCGGUCCUCAGGGCCUACAGCGCCGAUGGCUUAGCAGCCUUUAACGGGCUCGCAAGCACCACAGCCAAUUCUGGAUGUAUCAAGAGGCCAGACUUAUGUGGUCACAGGCCUUUCCAGUGUCGCUACUGUCCCUACAGUGCCUCGCAGAAGGGAAACCUGAAGACCCACGUCCUCUGCGUCCACCGAAUGCCUUUUGACAACAGCCAGUAUCCUGACCGCAGGUUCAAGCGUUCCCGGGUCGACUCGGAGGCUUCUGGGAAUUUUGAAGAGGCUGCAGCUCUGAAGACGGGGAGCUUGGCCGAGCUAACGGAGGAGGGCAGCCAGGGCCAGGACGAGGGCAACUGAGCAGAGCCUGAAGAAUGCAAUAUGCCUCUACACCCCUAACACAGCGCAUCUGGCGAGCCGGUUUGCUAACUGCAUUCCAAGGGGGAAAAUCAUGUACAACCCCUCUCUCUAGUGUAUAGAACAUUAAAAAAAAUUAAAAGAUAUCUAUAUAUAUAUAUUAAAAAAAAUCCCCCAGCCCUUGAACAUGGCUGCUACACUGUUACCCAGCAACAAGUACUUUCAAACAACGCAGGUCGGAGGAAAAUGAUUUCAGGAUGCCUGGUGUCCUUUGAGCUCCAGAAAGCGGGCGGGGGAGGGGGGGGCCCUUCCAACCCGAAAGUCAUCUUUGUCCAAAAAUAAUGCUCUUAACCGAAAAACGAUCCCAUCUGAAUGAUUUAACGUUGCCUUGAAGAUGGAAGGCUGUUUUCGUUGUUGAAAACACCUCUUAUAAUCUGACACCGGCUGCUGCCAUUUGCCUAGCGCCCUAAUGAGACGCGUCGGGAGGCAGUUGCGGUGCCAGUCAGACUGGGGCGGUCACGUCGAUUCCCGUGCUGUCACUCCACACUCCGCGAGAAAUCCUAGACGGCCCCGCACUCAGCCAGCCCGCGCCCGGCCUGGCCGCCCGGCGCUGCGCAGCAUCGCAGUCGGAAAUGUGCUUUUUUUCAACAGCAUACAGCCAGAUGAAUCAAUGGGCAGGAAGUGUCUGCAGACAAGUGUCCCUUGCAGGUUUGAUGAGUAAUUCCUUUUUUUUUUUUUUAGAUCAAAUUGCAGGAUGGAGA